AUGGGUGGCGAUCUCAACUUGAAGAAGUCAUGGCACCCCUCGCUCCUGCGCAACCAAGAGCGCGUGUGGCAAGAGGAGAAGCGCGCCUUGGAAGAGCGCAAACGCAUCGACCAGCUCCGCCGUGAACGAGACGAGGAGCGCCAAAUCCAGGAACUGCAGCGUCUGCAGGAAGACUCGGGGAAGGCGCGCCAGCAGAACCGCGUCGACUGGAUGUACCAGGCGCCGUCGAGCGCGACGGGUCACUAUUCCGAAGAGAUGGAGGGGUAUUUGCUGGGCAAGCGUCGGAUUGACGGCAUCUUGUUGAAGAAUGAUGAUAGCAAGAAGUUGGAGAAGGGUGCUGAGGUGGGCUCCGGGCAGGUACCCGCUGCGCCGCCGGUUCAGAAUGCCCGGGAUACGAUGUCGAAGGUCAUGGCGGAUCCGUUGUUGGAAAUCAAGAAGAGGGAACAGGCGGCUUAUGAGAACUUGGUGAAGGAGUCGGCGAGGAGGGGUGCUGCGGUUGCGGAGGGGUCUGCUGCUUCCCGGGGCGGAGGGAGGGAGAGGGAUGGGGAUCGGGAGCGCAGUCAUAAGCGCAGAAGGUAUAGUGAUGAGGAGGACUCACAUCGGCGUCAUCGUCAUAGAUCGCAUCGGCAUCGCUCGAGAUCUCCGGAACGGUCGCAUCGGAGACACAGAGAUGAUCGCGACGACCGGGACCGCAGAGACCGUGAUCGCAGAAGUGAUCGAGAUCGGAGGGAGGAACGUGAUGGUCGAGACCGCCGGGACCGUGAUGAUAGAGACCGCAGGGAGGAUAGAGAGAGGAGGGAUCAUCGCUCGGACAGACAUAGGGACCGCGAGGGAAAGUCCGACCGUGCUCCGCGACGUGGCUCCUUCCAUGAUCGAUCUCCCUCACCUCAGCCUGAUUACCGUCACCCAGACCGCCGCCACGCAGAGGAGAGGGAUUCCAAACCUCGCAGGGAUUACCGCGGGGAGGACCGAAGGGACAGCAGGCCUUACCGCGACAAUGGCAGAAACAACCGUGGCCCCAGAGACUCGCACCCUCGAGACCAAGAUUCCAGACCCGGACCCGAUGCAGCGGAGCAAGAAGAGAUUCGGAAAAAGAAGCUCGCCGAGAUGAUGGACAACGCGAACGAUAUGGAACAGACUCGUCGCCAGCGCAUUGCCGAAGUUACGGCCGAGGAGGAGAAGCAGCAGGAGCGAGACGACAAGCAGCGAUCGGAACGGGGUCGUUUCGUCUCUUCGAUGCAUCGACAACUGCAGGAGGACAACCUGGAUGAGCGGAUUCGCCGCAACCGUGGUGGAUUGUCUCGGAUGGAUGAUGAUUGA